AUGAAACGAAAUAGCUUGAAAAUCUGCAGCCGCUGCAUUGGUCGAGACAGGAAGAAAGCCCUCGACGAGCCCUACUUCUUCAGCGCUGCGAAUAACCUCGACUUUGGGGAAGUCCCCGGCAAUCUACCCGAUCUAACGAUGGUUGAGGAGAUGCUUAUUGCUAGGAUUCACGUACACGUCAAGGUCCUACAAGUGCGUGGCGCUCAAUACAAAUAUCGCGGCCACGUUAUCCACUUUCUUCGCAACAUUGGUAGGCUAUUUGAAGAGCUCCCAGUGCUACCGAAGGAGCUAGAUAUCGUGCUCCUACGGCCUCCUAAUAUGGAAGGCGACCCUCGCUUCCAGCAACAGUUUGCUCGCGAUUUCCGGGUACGCCGUUCAUGCCUGUUGACCUGGCUGCAUUACCUACACCGCCACCACCCGGGCUAUCGCGAUAUCGUCGUGAGCCAGGAUCGCCUGCAACGGCUUCCUCUUGACGGCAGCAUAGUUGCUUCCAUUGCUAGCCAAGUGGCUGACAUACCUGACGGCGAGAUCCCACAAGGCCCUGUUGAGGAGGCCUUGGAAGAGGAUCCCUUCGAUGCGGACGCAUCAGCGAUCCCGAACUUGCAGGUUACCGAUACCGAAUUAAACGCCCUGCAGUCCCGAGUCCUUGAUGUUGCCCUGACUCUGAGCAUGCCAUUGCCAUCCAUUCGCAGGACCCCUAUCGACGAAUUCAACCGUUCCCAGCCGCUGUUAUCGCUUGCGUUCCCUACCCUCUACCCUGACGGCAAGGCCGACUUCGUGGAGCCUCGCCUACGGAGCAUCACGUACCAGGACUACCUUGGCCAUGCGAUGAGAUGGCAUGACGGACGUUUUGCCCGCCAUAAAACGUGGCCUUUCGUCGCCCUCAACACGCUGCUACAGGAAGCGAUGGCUGAGCCUGAUGAGCCAGAGGCUCAGGACCUGAUCCAGUCGAUCACGCGCCAAGCCGCGGUAAUCAGGGGCACCCGGCCACCUGGCCUUUUCGUUACUGCAAAGUGGAAAGCAGCUCCUGAGGCGGCGCGCAUGGUCCUGUCCCGGCAACUACUGCGAGACAACGCCCACAUCGCCGCCUACCACUUCUACAAGCGUUAUACGCUUCUUACGACUAUUGUCCUGAAGCAGAAUGGCCACCCAGACUUGGAUCCUGACGAUAAUCGAUCCCGGGAGCGAUUUGCCCGUAUCUGGGGAUAUCACGUAUCUGCCGUUAACCCAGAGCCUCAUCGAAUACAGCACUGGACCUUUAGGGGUGAGAGGAACGAUGGCCAGAUUAACCACUACAACCGCUUGCUUACCGUUGCAUGGCUAGCCAAUACAGAUGUCUCUCCCUGCACGAGCCUCCAGCAGGUGAUCGAUUACGCAGCCAAAUACUGCUCCAAGUCAGAAAAGAAGAGCGAGUCUUUUGCCCAGAUUGGGAAGGCGCUGAUGCCCCGGGUCAAGGACCACAACCCCCUGAUUUCUUUCACGUCAAAGCUCCUGAAUCAGCUAGUUGCUGAACGGGAUUACUCGAAGCAGGAGUACGGUCAGCGCCCGGAAGCCCUGAAGGACCUGACCUACGUUUCCUUCCUCAAACACUGGAAUUUCCGCUCUAGAGACCCUUCCGCAUGGAAGCAAUGGCGGCCAGGCAACGUUAACGGCAGGCCCGUGUGUUGGUUUACUUUCCUCGCUAUCAGGCUGCUCCAGAAGGCCAGCAGUGGCCAGAUUAUUGCCGUGCCUUCUCCUAUUGUUGGCAGCAUCACAAUCAUGGUGAUGACCAUUACGGCCAGCCAAAAGAGGCUCGAUUACAGCCUCAAGAUGAUCAAUAUGAGGCUCUGCCUGUGGGGGAAGAAUUUGAUGACGAAGACUGGAUUCGCCUCGCUGCCCUUUUACCUGACCACCCCCUUACCCAGGAAGAUCUUGACCUUCUUGGCCGCCGCGAUAUCGACGUCAAUUACGACUGGACACGGCAUCCACCCCAUGGCCAACGAUGUGGAGGUCCUUGGCCCUCAAUGGCGUAAUACGCUGAAUCCACAACAACGGCUCGUGUACGACACAUUCAUGGGCCACUUCCAGGCGCGAAAUCCCACUCAAAUCCUUCUCCACGUUGAUGGUGGUGGUGGCACCGGCAAGUCGUUCCUUAUCAAGGUGGUGCUUUACCGACCUUCCCCAGCCGACGCAGCCGCCCUUCAGUCCCGCCUACGGCACGUCAAAUACCUCGUGAUCGAUGAAAAGAGCAUGCUGGGGAUUGAGCAGCUCGCGCGGAUCGAUUCCCGUCUGCGACAGGCCUUUCCACAGCGUAGCCUCGAGUUCUUUGGUGGUCGCCAGGCUGGUGAUGAUCAGGCUCAGUUCCGUCGGGCGUUGCAGGAACUGCGUGAAGUCAAGUUAUCCAUACCGUCCUGGAACCUCCUUAGCAGUCGGGCCCGGGUCAACGAAUACAAUUACGAGCAUAUGGUGCAUCUCAACGCCCCGGCAAUACAGGUGGAGGCAAAGAAUCAGGGCAAGGGCGCGGGGCAGGCACCAAGCGACAAUGCUGGCAAUCUAUCUAACAAGUUCCCUGUUGCUAAGGGCGCCAGGGGUACUGUAUACGAUAUCGCCUGGAACCCAGGCGCCGAACCAUUGGAAGAUCCCCCGGCCGUUAUUAUGGUGGACUUUGAUAGCUACGACGGACCGCCAUAUCUAACAACUAACGAGGGCAGGAAAAUCUCACCCAUCCUCCCAAGCCUAACGAAGGAGCAAAUAGUUACUGAUCUCGCUACACGCGACUUCCAGGCCGGUAUUAGCUAUGUUGCUGUCUCACGGGUUACGUCGCUGCAAGGCUUACUCCUUGAGGCGCCUUUCGAUCGUCAGAGCCUCUAUAACCACACGCCGACGGAAGGGAUGAAGAUGCGCCUCGCUGACCAACAACGGCGUCAGGGUCAACAGCUGAGCGAUGCACCGUAUCCACCACUCUACCUUGACUAA